AUUAUGACCAUAACUUUCGUUAGAAUUUCGAUCACUUGACGCAUUAAGUUUCAACAGUAACGAUUAGGCUAACCGCUGUCCUGCUAACAUUACUUUCUUCGGGACUUCCAAUUUUCUUGUCAUUGCCCAUUCAAUCUGUCUCUCUCUGCACAAUCUAUUGUCUCUUCUCCAAUCUACAAAGUAUUUUCGACUGUAUCCUUCUGUCUCUUAAGCUAGCUUAGUACAAACACCCUUUGAAACACCAACUACACAAUCCCCAUUCCUCAUCGUUGAGUUCUAGGGUGGGUCCGUUCAACUAUUUUGUCUUUUGAUGGCUGCCCAAAUCUUAGAUUGCGGUAACCAACUAGUUUCCGGAACCCUAGAAGCGGGAAAAGUAGCUAAUGAAUAUGCUGAUUCGGGUUUGAAAAUGGAGCCCAUACCCACCGAAGGUGACCCGAGUUCGGAGAAGAAGAGGAGUUUGAGGGUGGAGAUUGACACGUCUGCGCCGUUCGAGUCGGUGAAGGAAGCUGUGAGUCGAUUCGGUGGAAUUGGGUUUUGGAAACCCAAUGCUCAGAAGCUCUAUUCUGAAUCUUCUGAGCUUGACAUUGGCGUGGUUGACACUGCAAAAGUGGAGGAACAGGCUGCACAGCUAGAGAAAGAUUUAAUAGUUAAAGAAAGGGAAACACUUGCGGUAUUAAAAGAACUGGAAACAACUAAAAUGAUUGUAGAAGAACUGAAAUCAAAGAUACAGAAAGAAGCAUUUGAAGUCAAUGCAGUCCUUAGCACAAAUUCAGAGGAUAAGAGUGUGAUUGCUGCUGCAGAAGUAGAUCAAAUGGAAAGACUAAAAAAUGUUGUGAUUGACCAGCAGAGUUUGGUGGGUGGUUUGGACCUGUGUCCCUCUUCAGCUCCUGGUUUCAUUUUAAUUGAAUUGAAACAGGCCAAAUUGAACCUAACCAGGACUACAAAUGAUCUUGGUGACAUUCGAACUGCUGUUGAAUCAUAUACCAAGAAAAUAGAGAAGGAAAAAAUAUUGCUUGAGAAGACACGUCAGAGGUUGUCUUCGAAUUCCUCAAAAAUUUCCUCUCUUGAAGAAGAGAUAAACCAGAUGAAGCUGAAACUACAACUGAUCAGAAAUGCUGAAGUUAAAGAUGGUGUUGAUAAUAAUCCCAUGGAUAUUUUGAUGGAGCUCCAACGGCUGAGUUCUGAGAUGGAGCAGUUCAAGAAAAUGGGAGAAGCAGCAAUGUCAGAAGUUUCGAGUGCCAUGUCUGAGGUUGAACACUCGACGACUAGGAUUAAGACUGCUGAGAUCAGAUUGAUUGCAGCCAGAAAAAUGAAGGAAGCAGCUAGAGCCUCUGAAGCUGUUGCUCUUGCAGAGAUCAAGGCGCUAUCAAACAGUGAGAGCUCAUCUUCAGUUCUUCAGUUAAAGGCUGAUAGUGUAACUCUUUCAUUUGAAGAAUACUCUUCCCUAACUGCUAAAGCUCGAGAGGCAGAAAAUAUUUCUAAGAAGAGAGUUGUAGAUGCCAUGCUUCAAGUUGAUGAAGCCAAUUUAUCUAAAUUAGAGAUCUUAAAGAGGGUAGAGGAAGCUACGGAAGAGGUAAAAAUCAGCAAGAAGGCAUUGGAAGAAGCUCUGAGCAGAGUGGAAACGGCAAAUAGAGGGAAGUUGGCAGUUGAAGGGGCUCUGCGAAAGUGGAGAUCUGAACAUGGUCAGAAAAGACGCGCUGUACAUCGCUCUACCAUGUUCAAGAAUUCUUGCUCACCUCUCCUUCGCAAAGAUUCUCGUGUGCUUGAUGUAAAUGGACUGAAUUUGAUUAAUAAUGAGUCAAAGCCGGUUUUGAGGUCCACUCUGUCGAUAGGGAAAAUACUGAGCAGAAAGCUACUUCUGACGGAGGAAUAUGAGAAUGGAAUGCGGACAGGAAAAAGCAAUGGGAAGCGGAAGGUGUCAUUGGGUCAAAUGCUAAGUAAACCCAAUGGUGAUCUACUUCCUUUUCAGAAGGGUGAGAAGGAUGGUGGUCGCAAACAGUUCCCUGCAAAGAGAAAGAAGUUUGGGUUUGCUCGGAUAUCACUCUUUGUGACAAAGCAAAGUAAGAAAAAGAAGAAACAAACUGCAAGUUCAAGGUGCCACAGUGGGUAUAUAAAUUGAUUCAGACCAAGAAACUAACUUCUCACAACCUGUCUCUCUCUCUCUUCAUGGUUUAUAAUUAUUCUCACAACCUCCCCUAUUUAUCCUAUUUUGUUAUCAACUUUGCUGGGGUUCCUAAUUUUCCCCGAUCUCAUCCUUUUGGGUAGUGUUCCCUCUGUUUUGGUGGUUGUUUAGUCGACACUGCGUUUUAAGAUCAUAUGUAUGGCUUUGAUAUUCCCUCAUUCCCUGCAUGGAAAGUUGCCAACGAAACAUCAUAUCAAGUAGCACAUUUUGUGAUAUGCCUAGGUUGUUAACAUGAUGUACAGUUAGCAAGCUUGAUGGAAGAAUGGUGAUCUUCUGUUUGAAUGUCGAAUCAUUUGAUCAUAACCAUCUUAAAUAUAUUAUAGGUAAAUUUUUGC